AUGAGCUCAGGAGACGAUGCUAUCGAAGCGAUUCUGAAUGCACAGAAUCAAACGUGGAAUGUGCUUCCGAAGUUGAUACAACGUCCAGCUCUCCCUCCAAUUGCUCCGAAAACUACGCCGAGUAUGUUGGUCAAAAAUGAGUCGAUAGAAUCGAGUCGUCAUGCAACUUCCGUCGGAAGUCGUCCUCCUACAACUUCGAUUGGUUUUCCACUUCUCCCAAAACUCGGUGCACUUUCUCUGAAACCAUUAGAACCAGUAGUCGAAAAACAAGAAAUGUCUGAAAAGCCACAAACUCCAUUAUAUCCUAUUCCCAGAACUAACAUUUCGUAUACGCUUAAUUUGCAAGAUAUCGAUGAAAACGAAGUACUCCGACCGGAAUCUGCCGCUUCUACAGUAAUCGACAGUGCUAGAAAAGUUACUCGAAUGUUUCUGAGGGUUCCGGAAACUUUUUCCGAGUUUCGAGAACUUUCUGUAGAUUUGGAUCAGAUUUCCAUGAGCGAUAUUGAGAAGAUGGUGCAAAAUGCACGAGCACAUGAUCGACAAAACACUGGUCUCAUUUCAAUUACAUCCGUUAUUGCCUCAAUUCGAAUGGUACAUCCUUCUGACACGUGGCAAAAUCUGCUUGAUUGGCUAGUAGCUACAACUAUGGAAGAAGACAAGGAACUUCAACAAUCCGAUAUUUUGUUCAUGGUGGACUACCAAUUGUUUUUUGUAAUUCUCCAAAGUGAUAAACUGGCAAGAGAAGUUCUAAUCAACAUUCCGGAAGUUCUGGAUUCAGACGACAAUGGAAGUGUAUUUUCUCAUCUUCCCAGUAGGCCAACUUCUAGUCAAGAAAAUAGGGAAAAGGGCCGAGUCAGGCUGCUCAUCGAUCUCGAGUUUAUUCUUUCCCUGAAUCCAGAUAUUGAUAUCGAAAGGUUCAAGUUAGCAACGGAGAAGAAGAUAAUUACUGUGGACGAAUUACGUAUGCUAUUUCAAAUUUACGGAAUCACCGAACACAUUCAACACCUUGAACAACGAAUCAUUGAUUGCUUCUUGACACACGAUCAACACUUUUGCUUCUCCGCUUUCGUUGGUUGCCUUAACCAGAUCAAUCCAGCCGUCUUCCGAGCCCGUUCUCCGUCUCCACCAGCUCCAAAACUUGCUCCAUGGUCAAAACCUGCACUACCAAAACUUGAUGAUUCUGGAGUCAUUCCCGAUCUUGAUACAACCGGUUCUAGUUUCAAUUCUAAAUGA